GUCAAGACCCUGCAGCAGGGAAGUGACGUGACGCCCCCACGUCAACAUGAAUGAGGUGUCCAUCAUUAAGGAGGGGUGGCUGCACAAGAGAGGUGAAUACAUCAAAACUUGGCGGCCCAGGUACUUCCUGCUGAAGAGCGAUGGGUCCUUCAUUGGGUACAAGGAGAAACCUGAAACGUCUGAGCACAGCUUGCCCCCUUUGAACGACUUCUCUGUGGCAGAGUGCCAGCUCAUGAAGGCGGAGCGACCCCGGCCCAACACCUUCAUCAUCCGCUGCCUGCAGUGGACGACCGUCAUUGAGAGGACCUUCCACGUGGACUCCCCCGAAGAGCGCGAGGAGUGGAUCCGGGCCAUUCAGAUGGUUGCCAAUAGCCUGAAGAACCAGGAGCCGGAAGAGGACCGGAUGGACUACCAGGGCGGCUCUCCCGGGGGCAGCACUGGGGCAGAGGAGAUGGAAGUGGUGGCUGUGACCCAGGCCCGGGCCAAGGCGACAAUGAACGACUUUGACUACCUGAAGCUCCUGGGCAAGGGCACUUUUGGGAAGGUCAUCUUGGUGCGUGAGAAGGCCACUGGGCGCUACUACGCCAUGAAGAUCCUGCGCAAAGAAGUCAUCAUCGCCAAGGACGAGGUGGCCCACACUGUCACUGAGAGCAGAGUCCUGCAGAACACCAGGCACCCUUUCCUCACGGCACUGAAAUAUGCAUUCCAGACCAACGACCGCCUCUGCUUUGUCAUGGAGUACGCAAAUGGAGGGGAGCUCUUCUUCCACCUCUCCAGAGAGCGGGUCUUCACCGAGGACCGAGCCCGCUUCUACGGGGCUGAGAUAGUGUCUGCCUUGGAGUACCUCCACUCGCGGGAUGUCGUUUAUCGAGACAUCAAGCUGGAGAACCUCAUGCUGGAUAAAGACGGACACAUCAAAAUCACAGACUUUGGCUUGUGCAAGGAGGGCAUCACCGACGGGGCGACGAUGAAGACCUUCUGUGGGACGCCAGAGUACUUGGCCCCAGAGGUGCUGGAAGACAACGACUACGGGCGGGCUGUGGACUGGUGGGGCCUGGGGGUGGUCAUGUACGAAAUGAUGUGUGGGCGCCUCCCCUUCUACAACCAAGACCACGAGCGCCUCUUUGAGCUCAUCCUGAUGGAGGAGAUCCGCUUCCCACGCACCCUGAGCCCGGAGGCCAAGGCCCUGUUGGCUGGCCUGCUCAAGAAGGAUCCCAAGCAGAGGCUUGGUGGAAGCCCCAACGAUGCCAAGGAAGUGAUGGAGCACCGCUUCUUUGCAGCCGUCAACUGGCAAGACGUGGUCCAAAGGAAGCUCAUCCCUCCCUUCAAGCCCCAGGUGACCUCUGAAAUUGACACCCGGUACUUUGACGAUGAAUUCACGGCACAGUCGAUAACCAUCACCCCACCUGACCGAUAUGACAGCCUGGACUCGCUGGAGGCAGACCAGAGGGCCCACUUCCCGCAGUUCUCCUACUCGGCCAGCAUCCGGGAGUAGGCGGGCAGCGGUCCC